UGUCCACCCAGGUGAGCCCUGGGUGGACGGAUGUGACGCCACUGACGUGGCCGCGGGGAUCAGAGAGAAGCGAGGGCCUGGUUCUGAGGGGUCGGCUUGAGAUCAGCUGAGGGAAGCGGGCCCAGGCUCUGUGAGGAGGCAAGCAGGCAAAAAACAGAUGGGGGCCCAACAGAAAUCUGCCCGGCCUCUGUUGAGCAUGAGCAGGACUAUCAGCUGAGGCCCCUGUGUUAUACCAGACUCAUUGGUCUCAGGGAGAAGAAGGCCUUGGUCUGAGGGGGCUGCAUUCAGGUCAGCAGAGGGAGGGUCCAAGGCUCUGCCAGGAGUCAGGGACUCAAAGGACACCACUCACCAAACACACAGGACCGAACCCCACCCUGCACCUUCUGUCAGCCAUGGGAAGUGCAGGGAAAGGUUCGCAGAGAACAGGCCAGCCAGGAGGUCAGGAGGCCCCAGAGAAGCACUGAAGACCUGCCUGUGGGUCUCAAUUGCCCAGCUCCGGCCCACACUCUCCUGCUGCCCUGACCUGAGUCAUCAUGCUUCCUGGGCAGAAGAGUCAGCCCUACAAGGCUGAGGAAGGCCUUCAGGCCCAAGGAGAGGCACCAGGGCUUAUGGAUGUGCAGAUUCCCACAGCUGAGGAGCAGAAGGCUGCAUCCUCCUCCUCUACUCUGAUCAUGGGAACCCUGGAGGAGGUGCCUGAUUCUGGGUCACCGAGUCCUCCCCAGAGUCCUGAGGGUGCCUCCUCUUCCAUGACUGUCACCGACAGCACUCUAUGGAGCCAAUCCAAUGAGGAUUCCAGCAGCAAUGAAGAGGAGGGGCCAAGCACCUCCCCCGACCCAGCUCACCUGGAGUCCCUGUUCCGGGAAGCACUUGAUGAGAAAGUGGCUGAGUUAGUUCGUUUCCUGCUCCGCAAAUAUCAAAUUAAGGAGCCUGUCACAAAGGCAGAAAUGCUGGAGAGUGUCAUCAAAAAUUACAAGAACCACUUUCCUGAUAUCUUCAGCAAAGCCUCUGAGUGCAUGCAGGUGAUCUUUGGCAUUGACAUGAAGGAAGUGGACCCUGCCGGCCACUCCUACAUCCUUGUCACCUGCCUGGGCCUCUCCUAUGAUGGCCUGCUGGGUGAUGAUCAGAGUACGCCCAAGACUGGCCUCCUGAUAAUCGUACUGGGCAUGAUCUUAAUGGAGGGCAGCCGCGCCCCGGAGGAGGCAAUCUGGGAAGCGUUGAGUGUGAUGGGGCUGUAUGAUGGGAGGGAGCACAGUGUCUAUUGGGAGCUCAGGAAGCUGCUCACCCAAGAGUGGGUGCAGGAGAACUACUUGGAGUACCGCCAGGCGCCCGGCAGUGAUCCCGUGCGCUACGAGUUCCUGUGGGGUCCAAGGGCUCUGGCUGAAACCAGCUAUGUGAAAGUCCUGGAGCAUGUGGUCAGGGUCAAUGCAAGAAUUCGCAUUUCCUACCCAUCCCUGCACGAAGAGGCUUUGGGAGAGGAGAAAGGAGUUUGAGCAGGAGUUGCAGCUAGGGCCAGUGGGGCAGGUUGGGGGAGGGCCUGGGCCAGUGCACGUUCCAGGGCCACAUCCACCACUUUCCCUGUCCUGUUACAUGAGGCCCAUUCUUCACUCUGUGUUUGAAGAGAGCAGUCACCGUUCUCAGUAGUGGGGAGCAUGUUGGGUGUGAGGGAACACAGUGUGGACCAUCUCUCGGUUCCUGUUCUAUUGGACGAUUUGGAGAUUUAUCUUUGUUUCCUUUUGGAAUUGUUCCAAUGUUCCUUUUAAUGGAUGGUGUAAUGAACUUCAACAUUCAUUUUUAUGUAUGACAGUAGACAGACUUACUGCUUCUUGCUUUUCAUUUAUACUGGGAAACCCAUGUUAUUUCUUGAAUUCAGACACUACAAGAGCAGAGGAUUAAGGUUUUUUUAGAAAUAUGAAACAACAUAGCAGUAAAAUACAUGAGAUAGAGACAUAAAGAAAUUAAACAAUAGUUAAUUCUUGCCUUACUUGUACCUCUUAGUGUACCCUAUGUACCUGGAUUUGCUUGGCUUCUUUGAGAAUGAAAUUGAAUUAAAUAUAAAUAAAUAAGUCCCCCUGC